CGCUGUUACGCGAUUUCGUUCGCAUUUGUUUCGCCGUUCCGAUUUUCAAUCGUUUUUUUUCUGUUAAACUACAUUUUUACCCCGGUUUAGGAUCCAGUCUCUGCAACGAUGGUUACCUCCUUGCUCACAGCAAUCGGCAUCCACCGACACUGUGUGUCCACCGGUGUAGCCGUCCACGGAUGGCGUAUGCUCCGUCAACAAAGCCAAUGUCACACUCAAGCAACAAGCGAAUGCGUCUCAUUUCACGGCCAGUGGCCGGCCGACGAGCGGGAACAGUUUUGCCACGAUAUGCGCGUAAUCCAACGGUUCCUCGAUGCGACGGAGGAAGGCGCACUGUUGGGUGAAACCGAACCGUACCUGAAGCGGCUGCGGUACGAGUUCGAUCACUGGGACGAUGCGAUCCAUGGGUACCGCGAGACGGAACGGAAACACUGGCAGCCCACCAACCGCACCAUCAUCGACCGGAUAGUAGCGAUCGCGUUCAACGGUGUGGCGAUGCCGUACGUGCACGUGCUCGAUCUGGCCGACACCGGUGUCAUCAAGCCACACGUGGACAGUGUGCGGUACUGUGGCAACAUUAUCGCUGGCGUCAGUUUGCUGUCGGAUUCGGUGAUGCGUCUGGUACGCACGAACGAUGAGGAGCAGACAAAUGAUGAGUACCGUCAAAUAUUUGCCAAACAGCGGCAUAUGAAGUACUGGGCGGAUGUUUUGCUGCCACGCCGCUCGCUCUACAUAAUGAGAGACACCGCUCGCUACAAGUUUACGCACGAAAUUCUAGCAUCCAACGAGUCACAGUUCCGCGGCCGGCCGGUAAGCAGGAGCCGACGCAUCUCCAUUAUCUGCCGGAAUGAACCAACGUGAGCCGCAACCGUCCUG